CGUAGAUUUGGCGGGUACUGCAAAACAUAAACAGAGGAAGCAGAAAAUGGAGGAAAGCAAACCCGCAACACAGGACACAGUAGUUAAUAUUUGUGAUGAAGACUCCGCUGAAAAACAGGUUAACGAAGCUACAGGAGAAGUGUCCUCACGGAUGUCAAACCCUGGAUCGGUUUCUAAAUCGUCCGAAGACACGGAAGCUCGGUAUAAAAGGCUAAAGUUGUUCGACAAAGUGAUGCAGCAGAGCCUGCAAAAGUUCCUCGACUAUGCCAGUUUUAACAGAUUUGCUAGCACCUUUCGUCCGCUUUACAAGAAGAACCCGCAGAGGAUGGAGAGCAUUCACAAGCAGUUCAUUGAGGAGAUGCGGAAGACUAUACAGGAGGACAUCAGCAGACUGAUUGAAGAAGGCCGGUUAGAGUUCAAACUGAAUGAGCUGGACAAACUGGAGAGGGCCGCCAAGAACAAUAAAGACCCUGCAUGGCGGCCGAGUGGGGUUCCUGAGCAGGACUUUUGCAGUUUUUUGAUGCCAUACUUUCAAAAGCAGGAGGCCUAUAUGCGACUGGAGCUGAAAAAGAUUCAAGCAGAGAAUGCUGCCCUAGCACAGAAGGUUCAGGCUGGUAGAGAAAGUGUUGCUCAGACUGAACAUCAUAUUUCUUCCAAUGUUGAUGAGUGGAAGGCAUCAGUCACAGAGUUUGAAAGACUGGCAUCUUCUCUCUGCCCUGCUGAUGCAUUUGAUGCGUGAUCUUCAAAUUAUUUGACCUGCAGAUGUAUCAACUAACUUAACUGUACAUAUCGACGUUGUUUACUUUGCCUUUUUGUCUGGAAUUAAACUUAUAAUCUUCGAAAUAAAAA